AUGUCUAUUUCGCUCAAAUUUGACGAAAACCUUAUAACAGAGAAACAGCAAAAUAUAGACUUAAUCACUUUCAAACGUUGGCUUGCACUGCAAUCGUGCAUCGACUAUAAGAAUGGUACUGGCUAUAUAGAUAAUGAAUAUCAUCCGACAAAAGUGGAUAUUAUGUUCAAAAAAAAAAUAAAGUUGAUGAUUGCCAAUAUUACGGAUAAGGGCAAUGCUUUUUUGGUUACUCAAGACGUUGAGAAAUACGUAUGGGAAGAUAUAAGUGCAAAAAUUGCAUUCAAUUUUGAAGUUCAAUCUAUAGACAAUGAGGUUGAAAAUGAAAUUAUGACAAAUUUUGAAAAGCUCUCACAUUAUAUAUAUUAUACUUCCCAUAAAAUUGAUUGGAGCAACACAAGAAUUGUAAAAGCUGCAACUAACACGAUUAAUUUUCUCGCUUUGACUGAUGAUGGCAAAAUAUAUUACACAAAUGUUUGGAGCGGAGGAAAAAAAUGCAGUAUACAUCAAAUAAAUAUCAAUGAGAAAAUUACAUGCAUGAGUUGCGGAACUAAUUUUUAUGUGGUAGUUACGAAUAACUGCAAAACGUUCAGUUGGGGUAUAAUUUUGUAUGAGAAAUUGAAUACUUUUAUCAGUCCUAUCCAAACCUCAGAAGCAAUAGUUUUCGUAGAAGAGCCAUGUAAAAUAGCCGAAUUUACAGGCAAAACAAUUGUCAAGGUAGCUUGUGGGAUUGAUUAUACACUUGCUCUAAGUGAUAAAGGGAAACUCUAUGGCUGGGGUUCAAACAUUAAUGGACGAUUGAAUUUGAAUUACAGCGAUGAAAUUUUUUCUCCUAUUAUGAUGAAUAUAGCUAAUGUAAAAAAACUAUCGGACAUCGCCGUCAUUGAUUACAAUAAUUUUGUCAAGUCUAGCAAGGAUGGAUUUGUGUACGCAUGGGGUUUUAUUUUUGACAUACCAUUUAAAAAACCAGCCGUUUGUGAAUAUACAAACGUGUUUGACAUAUCCAACUCAAUGACAGCUCAUUCACCAAUGUCUGUGGCCUAUGAAUUCAUAAAUGAAGAAUUUCACAUAUUAAAUGAUUUGGAAACUGCAUUCAACAAUCAGGAAUUGAUGAAAUAUUGCUUCAACUUCUAUUUUAAAAACAUGACGACUGUAAUCCGGACAGAAGGUUUUAAAGAAUUGGAUGUCGAAACAAAGGCUAUGUUAAUAGAUAAAGGGUACACCUUUUUGUCAUCAGAAAUUAGUAGUUCUGGUUAUUUAGAAUAA